GCAACUUACUCUUAACUUGAGAUUAUGGCUGAUUCUGACGAUUAUUCGGCGGUACCUCCUCCCCCAUCGCUAAAUGCAGGCAAUCCCAACAUCAAUUUUAGUGAUGCAUUGUCGAAGGCGCGUGCAAUUGCCGAGAAAUUGAAGCAAAAUAAGGAUUCAUCACCCUCAGCUAGCUCACCAACUACUGGCCAAAAGAGAGGAUACGAAGAUUCUUAUCAUAGUGGUGGCAGCGGUGGCUACGACAGACGCAGCUCACGAGACAAUGACUACCACUAUGACCGAGAGAGCAAGCGUGGUACAUACGACAAAUCACAAUCCUACGAUAGUCAUAGCAGUGGUAGAGAACGAUACGGACUUGGUAGUGACGAACGAAAACACUCUUCCUAUGGUCCUCCUACUUCUCAACACGUGCGCAAAGAAGAAUUCGGUGUCCCUAACAACGUUGUUGGUCUUGUCAUCGGAAAGGGUGGCGAGAAUCUCAAGAGGAUAGAAGCAGCUUCUGGAGCAAGAAUUCAGUUCGGCCCAGAUGAGGGUGAAUCCGAAAGACGUUGCAACAUUUCCGGCGAAGACGAUCAAAUCCAAGUCGCAAGAGAUAUGGUCAUGCAGGUCGUUACCGAUGCAUCUGCCACGGAUGCAAGACGAGGCGGCGGUGGUGGUGGUGGUGGAGCACAUUCUGCCUACGGCUCUGGCGGUAAUACAGUCACUGUGACCAUUCCUGGAAACAAAGUUGGUCUCGUUAUUGGUAGCGGUGGUGAAACCAUUCGUUCCCUUGAAAGCCAAAGUGGGGCCAAGAUUGCCAUUACUCAGGAAAACCCUGGCGAACGAUCCUAUGAACGUACCAUCAACAUUACAGGAAAUGAGGAUGCCAUUGCCCGUGCGAAGGCUCUUAUUGAUGAUGUUGUGAACCCCAGUGGCGGAUUUAGGGGUGGGGAUCGAGAGUACGGCGGUCAACCUCGCCAAGGUGGUGGUGGUUAUGAUGACUACCAGCGUCCUUAUCGCACAGGCGCCAAUGCAUAUGGAUCACAAAACGACUCUCGAGGUGGAGGUUAUCGCGGACCCGGCGGUUUCCGUGGCCAACCUGGUGACGAAAAUGAUUCCAUUGACGUACCUCAAUCGGCAGUUGGAUUAAUUAUUGGAAAAGGCGGUGAAACCAUUCGAGGAUUGGAACAAGAAUCUGGAGCAAGAAUUAAGGUUGAUCAAGCAACAAGCAGCGCAGAAGAAAGAAAGGUUCUUCUGUUUGGUAAGUUAACAAAACACGGUUGCUGCAAAUUUUUAUAUACUGCCUGCCCUCUGGUCAAUCAUAUGGGCAGCAGUAUAGAUAAUGUUGCGCAAUUUGAUACGAUAUGAUCUACUGUCAACGCAUUCGAGGCAUGAACUUUUUUUUUUCUUUCUCUUUGCCUUCGCCCCAUUGCAUUGUCGCACAUGAUUAGGUUCCCCCGAUGCUAUUGCUCUCGCCAAACAGCUUAUUCAGGACAAGGUUGCAGGAAAUGUACAUUAUCGUCGUUUGCUUUGUGUUGGUUAUGAUUAUGUGUGGUUUUUGGUCAAAGAUGAUGUCGCCGC